AUGUGUCUUAUUGGUGGUUCGUUGGCUGACAUUUGGGAAGCCAGAGAGAGAGGUGCUGCAAUGGCAAUUUUUUCAGCCGCUCCAUUUUUAGGUCCAGUUAUGGGUCCAAUCUUUGGUGGUUUGCUUGGUGAUUAUGCACCAACCUGGAGAUGGAUCUAUUGGUGUUUUUUGAUCAUUGCAGGUUUCUUCUAUGUUAUUUUCGUCCUUGUUCUUCCUGAAACCCAUCAUCAAACAAUUUUAAAGAGAAGAGCUAAGAAAUUGAGAAAGGAUACUGGAGAUGAUAGAUAUAGAGCAGUUUCUGAAUUAAAAAUCAAGACUUUUAAGCAAGUUUGUAAUGAUUCAUUCUUACGUCCAUUCAUUUUAUUAUCGGAGUUAAUUGUGUUUUUGAUGACUUUAUACAUGUCAGUUGUCUACGGCUUGUUAUACAUGUUUUUCUUUGCCUACCCUGUUAUCUAUGGUGAAGGUAAGGGUUGGAGUGAUUCUAAGAUUGGUAUUAUGUUUAUUCCAAUUGGUGUUGGUGUGCUUAUUGCUACCGCCUGUGCUCCUUUCAUUAAUAAAGAUUAUAAUAGGCGAGCACAAGUCUAUAGAGAUAGAGGGGAAUUACCACCAGCCGAAUUAAGAUUGAUUCCUAUGAUGGUAAGUUGUUGGUUUGUUCCUGCUGGCUUAUUCUCUUUUGCAUGGUCCUCUUAUCCUAGCGUAUCGUGGGCUGGACCUUGUUUCAGUGGACUUGCAGUCGGUUUUGGAUUUUGCUGUUUGUAUAACCCAGCCAAUAAUUAUAUUGUCGAUUCUUAUCAACACUAUGCUGCAAGUGGAUUAGCAGCUAAAACUCUUGUCAGAUCUAUAUGGGGUGCCUGUGUUCCAUUAUUCACUAUUCAAAUGUAUCAUAGAUUAGGUUAUCAAUGGGCCUCGAGUUUAAUGGCUUUCAUCUCAUUAGCAUGUUGUGCAAUUCCAUUUGGAUUUUACUAUUACGGUGCUAAGAUCAGAACUUAUUCCAAAUAUGCUUACGCUCCUGAUAGUUCAGCUGCAAAGGAUAGCGAAAAUCAAAAAUAG